AACUCGGUGUUAUGCUCUUGUUGCCAGGUGUGUGUGAGCUGGUGUCUGUACAGGUCUUGUCCUUUAUGGCCAACCAGUGCUGUGUACUGGUAAACAGUGACUGGAUUCUGCAGUUGCAGUGGGAACAGGCAUCACAAGAACCAAAGACGAUCUCCUGCUGCAGAAUCCAGCUAACGACCAGUGACAGACAUACUGCUGUUCACCACUGUGUCUUUGCAGAGACCUUAUUUGUCCUCAGCUCCAGUGGACUCAUAUAUGUGUAUGCCAUUACUGAUGGCUCUCUGCUGGCCAGCAUCGACAUUCCUUCCUACCUGAGCUCUGGUUGGCCGGAUGGCGGCCUGACUUCCUCUUCACUCUCUUCCUCCUCCUCCUUCUGUCUUUUCCAGGUGUCAGCAGAUCUCUGCACAGCUGUAGCUGUAACUCAGUCUCAUGCAGCAGUCACCGUUAACCUUAACCACUACUUCAGAGAACACCCAGAACACCUCCACUGUGUUGGCCCCCAGUCCUCUUUCUCACUUCAGCCCAAGAAUCCAAGAGACCAGGACGCCUUGUCCAGCUCCAGUUUUGCUGCUGUUGGUUCUCCAUUCAGUGAUAACCGUGCCUGGGACACUUGUCUAGCAUCCAUGUAUGCCAGAGCGCAGCAAGCUGCUUAUCCCUCAUCCCCCUUUAAGUCAGCAGGGGUUCCAUGGUUCCACUCGCUCCCCCACCUGCCGUCCCACGCAGCUGCCAUGUCCUCCCACAGCAGAGUGCCUCCCAGCGGGGCGACCGUCACCUUCUCUGUCCCUGACUCAUCCAUUCCAUCUCUUCUUGCUGUUUCUGAGUUCUCUGCACUUUUGACCUUUGUUGCUCCUGGCAACACACACACAACAGUGGCAUUAUGGGACAUGGAGUCUGGGAGAAUGAGCUACCACCAGGUAGAAGGAACGGCUGUGCCAGUGCAGCACAGUGGAGAGAGGCAACACAGACUGCUGCUGAAGAGGUCAGGUGUGUUCCAGGUCGUGUUUUCCAUGUCCCAGCAGGAUUUAUUAAGCAGGUUGAUGUUGUUUGGUAGUGCAGCAACAGUGGACACAGUCUGUCACCUUAACAGCUGGGGCCACUGCUCCAUUCCCUUCCAUGCACUGCAGGCUGGACUGAAAAACCGACAGCUUGACACAGUGGAUUUAUACCUGAAAAGUAAAGAAAAUGUCCUGAACCCAUCAGCAACAGCUGGUUUUUCUGAGCAGUUAGAAGACUCCAAACCGAGUCUCAAGGACAGUGUCCAGGAGUUGUUGCCUGCGUUGGAUUUGUUGUGUUCAGCUGUCAGAGAGCUAAACAGUGAAGCUCAGAGCCGACAGUUCUCUGAGCAGUUGCUCAACCUCACCAUGAGCUUCAUUAACACACAGAUCCGCUCUGUUCUCCUCUGGUCGCACUAUGAGCAGUCAGAUGUGCAGAACAAUGUUGAAGUCCUGGGCAAGUAUGUCACAGAGUUAAGGCGUUAUAUGAAGAGAUUCCCCUGGGCUUCAGGGGACUCCACAUCUGAUGCUAAUGCUCCUCUCCAGGGAGCAAAGAGUGAUGAAUGGGAGCAACUUUUAACUGAGGAAGUUAUCCAUCAGUCCAUCCUGACCAAUCAGAUCCCCAGAGCUCAAGCCGUGAUGUGGAGACGGAGCCAGCCUGAAAAGCAGCUGGCAGCUCUGAGGAUGGUGGUCUUACGCCAAGUUUUGUUCUGCCUGCAAUGCAGGGACCUAAAGUCUGCUAAAAAAUUCCUGACCAACAUGGGUCUCAGUGUUAAGAAAGAGCUUCACAGCAUCUGCCUUUAUACCAACAACAAAGAUCUCCGGGAACUGUUGGUAGAGGAUCUGUCAAAGCACAGUUCUCUGACUGAAGAAGAGCUGGAGGGUGUCUCAUUCAUCUGUGAGAUAGAGAAGCUUGGCCUGCUGCCUCCAGUCUCCUGCCCAGCUAAUCCCCUUUCACAACGGUUACCUCAGAUGGUUCAUAAGGAGCUAGAUGGUGAAGAGGUGGUGAAGGASUUGGUGGGACAGAGUUCAAAGGAGGAGGGAGAACUCUGGAGGAACCUCCGACUGGACUGGGUGAAGGCCUGGGAUCAGAGCUGCCAGACGACUGUUCGCUUAUCCAGGAUGCAGCACAUAGAGCUGAGCUGCUGUGACCCUGCAUUGUUGUGGCAUUACCUGACUGCUUUUCACCACCAUCAGAAGGUGGUUGACUGGAUUCACAAUCAAAGGACCUUCGGCUCCCCCUGUUGGCCUGACAUAACUCCUGAGAUGGUUAACAAUGACACAGUGUGCAGCAUCUUCUUCAAGGAGAACAUCUUGGACCUUCUAGCUAGGAAAGGUGUGUUUAUCCCAUAUGAGAUGUCAGACUUGGAGCAGCUGCUAUGGCGACUAGCUCAGGGUGCUGGGUUGAUGACAUCAUCCCCCCCUGUAUCUCAGUAUUGCUCCCCUGUUGGCCUUAACCUACACAUUGUCUUCAUUGCAUUGUGCCUGAAACAUAAUCUUCAGUACCUGCUUUAUACCUACCUGGAGCACUACAGACUGACGCCGAGAAACUGCCCCCUCCUUACCGAACAGAACCUGCUGGGGAGUCAUCCAUGGUUUGAGAUGAUGGUAAAGACCCAGGAGAUAACCAGAGACCUGUCAGAACCAGAACCCGUGUUCCAGGCGAGUCUGACCAGCGCUCAGGUGCUGCUACCUGGCAGCCAGGCCUCUCUGAGCAGCUUACUGUUUGAGGGACACAGUCUGCUGGCACUGGCUUCCAUCAUGUUUGCUAAUGGUGGAAUUGAUAAGGUUGUGGCUCAGGGACAGAGUUCAACAUGUUUGGAGGGGACUGUUGACCCCCAGCUCCUGAAGAUGGCAUUGGCCCCUCAUUACAAGCUGAGAGCCGCCCUCUUCCCAUCUGGGAAUGGCUCAUUCUCUGACAUCUCCAUUUAUCACCUUCUCCAGUCGCUUCACCCUCUUGACCCAUCCAGGCUAUUUAGUUGGCAGACUGCAAACCCUCUGAACUGCACCGAAACAGCCGAACUGCCUCAUUUUUCUAGCUCUCAUCUGGUUGGCAAGUUUGCAAUAGUAGAAAACCUGGACUUUCUUUACUACAUUCAUCAUGGUCGACCAUCUUUUGCAUAUGGAAACUUUCUUAUCCAGCAGCUGGGGGUCUGCAGUGACGUGCAGUUGCUACUCCAGAAGGUCUGGCUGCAGGUGUACAGAUUGGCUCUGAAGUGUUUCAAUAAGCCGUCUGUGACAUCGUCUGCUGUAUGUUUCUGUGAGCUGCUGGGAAUCUGCAGCCAGAAGCUGAGAGUCGACAUCAGAGCCUUGAACACCAUUCUUCAGCACUGGAACCAACUCGACAGGCUCACACCAACGCAGAAUCUGCGAACAUUAAUGUCUAAAGCAGUAAAGCUGGUGAAUGGAGAGCUGGAAGCUGCAGCAGAGCUUCUUUAUUACCUGGAGGCUGCAGUGGCAGAYAGUCUGGAGCAGAGGGGGAUCAGCAGGUCAUCGUUCGAGGCGGCUCAGGAGUGGGCCUUACCUGUUCAGUUCUGUCAGCUCCACAGUCUGGAGCUCAGUCUGAUUUAUCCCAGCUACUGUGCUGAGGACAGACAAUUUGUACACUUUUUAUUGUUUGUCCAACUGCACAGUUUCCCACCCCAGCAGGUGAGGUCCCUGGUAGGUCUCUUUGACCCCGUCUUGCAGGCUCACCUAAACCUCGCAUUUCAAGACCUGCAGGUUCACAAUCAGACAAGCCGAGACCCUCAGGAACAGUUGGGCUUUCUGAGAACAGACAUGGCCUCUGGGGUCUCUGAACACGGUGGGGAGCUGUUCCAGGUGCUGCUGCAGAGCCAGGAGAAGCAAGUGUCAUGGAGGUUUCUCCUACAUGAAGCAAUAGUUCAACACUGCCCGAUGCUGGCAGUACUUGCUGCCUGUCUGCAGGGAACAGAUCUGCUGUCAUGUCUGUGUGUGUGGAUGCUGACCUCUGUUGUUGACACAACAACAGAAGAGGCCACUUCACACCUCACCGAAGCCCCCCAGGAUCAUGAAUGGACCCUCCAUGACCUUUCAGUCAUCUGGAAGACGCUGCUGAGGCAGGGUCACAUCUGGGUCCUCCUGCAAGGCUUUGAGCUUUUUCAGCAGGAUUGUCCCCUGGUGUUGGUGCUGAGAAUGUUCGAGUUGUGUUGCGAUUAUAGAAAAUUCACUGAGGCCAAGACAAAGUUGUUGGACUUUCAGAGGACACUUAUUGCUCUCAGAAACUGUGGUCCAGAGGCUGCAGGCAGCCUUUCUCUGCAGUGGGUGGAGAGCCAAGCCUCAGUGCUGCUCCUCACCAUGCUGCUGCGCUGCUCCUCCCAGUACGACCUUCACCAGCUGCUGCAGCUCCUGGCUGACGUUGACAAACUUCUCAAAUCCAAUGGUCCAGACUUCAGGAAGUUGAGCCAGCUGAGUCAGUUACUACAAGGAUCAGGUGUGACUCUGUCCCAGAGCCUGCUGCAGUGCAUUUCCCCCUCUGUCCAGCAGGAGGAGUUUCAGCUGAUAGUGGAUGYUUUGCAAACUGGAGGACACUACAACCAGGCCAGACAGGUGGCAGUACUGGCUGGUCUGCCUGUCCACCGCCUCCUCAUGAGCCAGCUGCUUCAGGAAGUAAACUUCCACAAGAGCAAGUGGCGGUGGAGACAUUUGGAGACCCGAGUGGCCUUCUGGAAGAAGUGCCACAGGCAACUGAAAGCUGACAGCACUGACCCAGAGUCAGCCGCGCAGUUCUUUUUAUCUCAGUCUGAGGCCGCCGCCGACCCUGAUGGUGACCAGGCUCAGACAAAUGUUCUGGACAUCCAGGAGUGCUGCUUGCUGCUCCAGCUCACAGCUCACUGGCUUUCUUUGCUAACCCCUGUUCCUGUGGAUGAGCUACAGAGACUGGAGAAAAAGCUGUGGCUCUGUCAGGUCCAGAAGCAUGUUCUCACAACUACAAUAGAGGAAAAGAGCAUGUUUAACCUGCUGCCACCAGCAAUCACACCUGAAACCAACGAAUAUGAGAUGUUCAUGAAGGAGUUUUCGUUCUCUAACAUCGCAGAUCUGAAUAUGGAGAAGUACCUGAAUCUGGAGGGAUUCCCAGAAAAGCCUGAGGAGUUGGAUACAGAAUCAGAUUUAAGUUCUGAAGAGAGAAGAGUUUUGGCAAUACUUAUUGACCAGUUACUAGAUAAGGGUAGUAUACAUGAAGCCAGUCGUGUUUGCCGCUAUUUCAAUAUGCACAAUCCAGAUGUAUGGUUGGUCCUGUGCUGCCAUGCUCUGGCAUGUGGAUUCUUKGUACCAGAACCACAAGGGCAGACCUCAGAACCCACAGAAACAAAGGCUCUAACCCAGUCCCCCUCACUCAGCAGUCUGUCCUCAUUUGUGAUGGUGCCUCUCCAUGAAGAUGCAGUCACUGUUCAGAUCCAGAAACUGGUGGAUCAGUGUCACCAUGGGAGCAGCUACUGCAAGCAAGUCCUCAGUCUCUACCAGCUCUCCAAGGAACUGCAGUGCCUCUUCAGUCAUAUCAGCAGAGAAGAGCCUCAUUCUGUGUUAGAGAAGCUGCUGCUGUUGAUGCAACCAGAUCGAUUCAGGAUGGCCAAGACCUUCAUCAAAACUCAGGGUCUUAGUGCUGACAGUGUGGCUGAGCUGGUCUCCAACGCAGUGGUUCAAGGCUUGUUAGCAACAACCCAGGAGCUGCAGUCUGGUGAGAGCAGAGCCGUACAUCAAAUAUUAUUUGUCCCUUUGCCAUUUUCUCAGUUUAUUCUGUGCAUGUUUCAACCAGGAGAAAGGCUGAUUUUCAGACCAUCAGAGGGGCAGGAGUCACUGAUACAACUGAUCAGACUGUGUGAAGAUCCAAACAUAGUGGGCCUCAAACUGCUGGAAAACCUUAACUCUGUUCCACUGAGGGACCUGAACUGUAUUGUGGAGCUGCUGAUUGUGGCUCACAGCUGUUUCAGUCUCACUUGUAACAUGGAGGGAAUUGUUCGAGUUCUCCAAGCUGCUCGUCAUCUCAGCCACACCUACCUGGCUCCAGGAGAGCACUACAGCUUGCUGGUGCGUCUCCUGACGGGUAUUGGCAGGUACAAUGAGAUGACGUACAUCUUCGAUUUGCUUCAUCAGAACCAUUGUUUUGAGAUGCUACUGAGAAAGAAGGUGGACAAAGACAUAGGACAGAGCUCAAGUUUGAAGACUUCUCUGCUGGAUUACAUCAAACGCUGCCUCCCUGCUGACAGUGAGAAGCACAACAUGGUGGCGCUGUGUUUCAGCAUGAGAAGGGAAAUUGGAGAAAACCAUGAAAUAGCUGCCAGGACACAGCUGAAGAUGAUUGAAUCUCAGGACUGGGUUGUGACUCCUGAUCUUAAGAACUCAUUGGUCAAGGUGUUGGGUCUGCUAAAGGAUGCUGCAGAAAGUUUCUCCAAGGACUCCUGUGUACAUCAGGCUGGUCGUUGUGUACGUGCAGCCAAACUGAUCACUCUUCAGCUCCACUUGUUGAACCAGGGAUCCAACCUACGCAUCAUAAACCUAAAGCCUGCAGAGAUGCACAGUGCCAUCAUGGCUCUGCCACAGUGCUACCAGGUGUUUGUUGUCGCAGAAGCGUAUAGCUACAGUCCAGACUGGGCUGAGAUUUUGUAUCAGAAAGUGGCUCUGAAGGGACACUUUGCUUACCUUGAGGAGCUGAAAUGCCACCGUCCUCUCACCUCUGCCCUAUUUGAAGACAUUUUCAGAAAGCUGGACGGCAUCCCCAGUAGCGUCUGUUCCAAUGUGAAGCGUCUGCUCAACCACUGUGAUGAUGUGUACACCCGUUACAGACUGGCCUACCAGCAGAAUCUCUAUGAUGUCACCAAAACACUGCUGCAAGACAACAAGACCUCCAGCUACAUGAAUGACAGACUUGCCAGUAAAGCAUUUAUCUGACUGAGCAGUGUCAUGUCCGUUAGGACAGUCCAGUCUACAGUCAGUGGUCUGUAAAUAUAAAUACCCAMUAAAAUGAUUUUGGUGUACAGCAAUUGUGUACAAAAUAUAGUUUUAUGAAAACCAUUAAAAUUACUGAAUUUUUUAAGCCAAGUGAUAUAUUAACAUUAAACAAUGGAUCAUUUGUCAGGAUUUCAGUUUCUGUCUUUGUUACUAUGAUCAGCAGCAAAUUCUGUUAAGUUUGCGAAAAUGAUCGCAAAAUGACUAUAGUUUUUACGAUUACUCACUGAGUUGUGGCACCUAAUAAACAAAAUACAGUA